AUGAUGAUGUGGCUCCUCCUUCUCCUCCUCGCGGCCAUCAGCUCUGGCGGGAGCAGCAGCAGUCUACCUAUGCCACCGCUCCGCUACAACCUCCAUCUGAGUGACCAGCAAUCUCGCUCUCAACUCGACGCCGAGCACUUUGCCUUCAAGUCAAGCGCGGUACUGCUUUGCUCCUUCCCUUUUUUUUUUGACUCAUCGACCUUUGGCCCUCGCUACACAUCAUCCAUCGUACACGCGUUUGAGACGCAUGUAGCCAACCCUGGGACCCCAACAGCCGAGGCGCUCAACGUCACCUGCUCGGCCCCUCGCUGCCAAGGCUAUGUGUACGAUGGCCAGGCCCUCGAGGCAGCCGGGCACGGACCCGACCCACACUCAUCCACUUCAGUACCCACGGCCCCUACAAUCAGCUUGCGCCGCCGACGGGUUGAUGAGCGUGACCCCGACAGUAAACUCGCGCGUGGUGACCGCCCUCCCAUGGCCACCCACAUCGACGAGGCCGUGCAUGACUGCACUCCAGAGGCCCUUUUGCCUCACCGCGUGCGUCAAAGCAGUUCAUUUGAGCUCAACCGUGUUGAUGCCGAGCAGUUUGUCUCCUAUGAUCAAACGCACAUGGGGGCAGACGUGCAUGGCCAUCGCCAACAUCAAGCCAUGCUGCGUCUUGACCUUCUGCCCGUCAAUCCAAUGCUGCCAGUUCCCUCAAUGGAUUGUACCACGCUGCACUGUGUGGCUGCCCCGAUCGAGCACGACAGCACACAGGCUCUGCAGCACCACCGGGACAAGAUGGCCGGGGACUGUUCACUCAAUGCUCUGUAUGAGCAGUUGGCCCAGCUGCAGGCAGCGCAGAGCGCCGCUGAUGAUGACAACCACGCCGAGGUGGCACGCCUGGCUGCUCAUUUUGACAAAAAUAUUAGUAGUGCCAGCUGUCUCCGCAACUUGGCUGCUCUCCUCACCACUCUCUUGGCCCAGAAUGCGGACGACGCCGUGGCUCAGCAUGGUUUGAUGUACCUGGCUGCCCAUGACGGCGGCCAGCACUACGCCUACGCUCUCUAUCAACAAUACCCCUCUGGCCCCAGUAUGCGAGCCCUUUUUUUUCUGCCCAGCCAUGACGAUGUCCUUGUCGAGCAUGUGCGUGGUGUCGUCAACGAUCCUGCUCAGCCCACCGAGGUCCGACAGGCAGCCAUCCACGUGCGUCAGCGUAGCGUUUUUACCAGCGACAACAGCACCCGCCUCCUCGAGCUCUUGGUUGAUGCGGAGUUGCAUCUGGACAACACCUCGACCGACUGUGAUUGCCCAAUCGGCCGCAACCUGACCUCUCACUACCUUCACGUUCUCGGUUCGCUGCGUCAUCCAUCGUGGCAUGACCGCAUUCAUGUCACCUUGGACCAGGCCUUGCGCCACCCCUGUCCCAACACCACCCUGGACGCUCUGUCCGCCAUCAGCCGCCUAGCCUCCAACCACAGCGCUGAGCAUUUACUCGAUGCUGCGCGCGAGCAUGAUAAUCAAGCGCUGCGCAUGUUGGCGUACGACGAACUUGCCCGCCUUUUGCGCCGCCUUGGCGCAACAACCACUGAGCCAUCCCUUGUCGCCCUUGACUCGGCUUGGACGGCCCGCACCCAGCCCGUCGUCCAUCGCCUGCUUGAUCACUGCCACGAUCUAUUGCCACGCUUUGCCGACAACUUUGACCUGAUUGACGAUGUCUUUGCCUGCUUGGGCACCGCGUCCCAAGCCACCCGCCCUCACCCACAGCUUCGUACUCGGCUGCUUGCAGCCCACACCACUUACGUUGCUCACCUCGAGCAGCAUGACCGUCGACGCCGUGCUGCCGGCGCCGAGUCCUUUUUGUCCGAAGAAGUGUUGCAGCGCGCCAAUAUCUCGACCGCCCACCUGCCGCUCAGCCACCUCCGGCGCCGCGCUGCUGGUGAAUCGCCCAUUACCGGCAUCACGUUGGUAGAUGAGGAGUUUGGCUCCCGACAACAGAAGCGCAAUAUCCUUGGUAUCGAUGUUCUCAACGUGUUUCUACACCAAGAGACAGCAUCCUAUGCUGCUAUCCGUGUCGGUACCCAGGGCGUUCACGCUGUUCUGCAUGCUGGUAUCGACUACCGCGCUGGUGCUAAUGUAUACUCGGGCAGCACCGAUCUCGUCUACGCCGUGGCCAUGCUCCAAUUUGGAUACUCUCUCAAGAUUGAUGCGGCUCUGGAUGCUCUUUCCCAGGGCACUCGUAUCGUUGAGGGUGUGGCCAAGAGUGUUCUCUCUAUUGCCAAAUCCCUGGGCCUGCGCCUGUAUGAGUUUUUGGAGCCAUACAUGAGCUUCGUCCGCGAUAUGAUCGAUUACGUUAGCAAGCAGAACAUUCUCCUUCAUGCCACCGCGGGCUUGAAGGCCGCCCUCGAGCCCCUCGAUGACAUGACAGACGACUUGAUGGAUUUGGCCGCUAGUGCCAUCGAGCAAAAUGCACGACCUUUGCUUGUAGAAGCCAAUGAUACUUUGACCCAGCUCAAGGUCUAUACGGCCGAGGCCAGGGGGCGUUCCUCCUCGUUGUUUACCCUUGUAGAAGAGCUCAUUCAACCGGACGGUGAGUUGUCCACGCUCAGCAAUCAAACCGGAGUGAUGGGCGACAUUGGCCAAGUGUUGACCGUUGCGGCCAGCGCGCUCAGCAACGUGCAUGAGGGCUUUGAUACUGCCGCCAAUUUGGUCUACGUGAUUGGCAAGUUUAUGGAUGGCAUGCGACAACAGCGCGCAGCAAAAGCUCAAGUUGCCAGCGCCAACGCUAGUCGGCGCCGCCGAAGCCAAGGUAACGGCACAGAGGUCGCCGUCAAUGGCACUGGUGGCCAAGACCUCGAGGCAUUGGCUGGUGAGGUGGAUACGGUACGCGCCUCGUUGGAUGCGCAGGCUCGCGAUCCCCUGCCUGAGGAUGCCCUGGAGGCCCUGACACAGGGACUCGAGGCCAUUCAAGCUGCCCUCACCGUGAACAACUCCGCCUGUCUGACCCCGAUCACCCGACCUGCAUACGUGCAAAACCCCUGCAAUGUGGACGGCGCCUUUGGCGUGAGCACCGACUUCAGCGAUUCGCUCCUCGUCGCGCCUUUCAAUUUUGUGCUGUACCAAGAGUCGUGCAACAAGACCGACCCUAGCGCGUGUACGGACACGGACGACUACAUUGUGCUCAUGGCAGUAGGUAGCACCGUCACGGUGCAUCUCUUUGGAGCGGUGACGGACAUUGCCGACGGCAGCCUUGUGCCGUUGGGCGCCACGUUUGCGCGCAUUGUGGGCUUGGAUAGCUGUGCUAAUGCUGUGGCUUAUUUCAAGACAAUCCGCGGGAGCCUGGAUCUUGACGAGAUUGCACCUGUUCUGCCCACGCGUCUGCGCCGCACGGACAAAUGUGGUUCGGGCAUCUGGAAAUCACGCCGCUGCUGCAACGCCCAAGGAGAUGUUUACCUGCUCAACGGCAUGGACAUGAUUACCGCUCCAGGCGAAGAUAUCGUAGCCCCGUGUGACGGCAAGAUGGUGCGCAGCGUCCGCCCCGACGAAACGAGUACGGCAGCUUGGAAUGUGGGCAUGUUAAUUAAGUGCUCUAGUCCCUUUAGUGGCUUUAUGAAGCUGGCCUACGUGGCACCGUUGCUCAAUGCUGGUGACAGCUUUUUUCAAGGCAGCGUCAUUGGUCAAGCACGCGACGUGCGCUCCAAAUGCGCACGCACCAUGCUCAAUCAUGUGUACACGGAGGUUUUCAGUGGGCCCUCGGCGCUCGACCGUUAUCGCAUCGAUCCUGCAAUGGCCUUGUGUGCCGAGCCGACAGCCAUUUCUUUGGGCGGAGAAGACACGCCCCUGUAUGACCCCGAUGCCCCGUGCAGUGCUCUUCAAGGUACUUGCCAGGACACCAGCAGCGCCUGCGGUGGACCCUACGUGAGCCUUUUGUGUGCCGGGCGGGUUUCGCGUCAGUGCUGUGUUCCCCAAGACAGUCCUUGUCAGGAUGCCGGAGGUGUUUGCCAAGGCAUUACAAAGGACUGCGACGGUACCUUUUCACCUGGCAAAUGCGCGGGAUCGACCAGUCGCCAAUGUUGCAUGCCCCGGGUUGAUCCGGUGAUCCCAGAUGAUCCCGUGAGUUUGAUCGACGUUCUGGUCUCUGAUCUCAAGCCCGCCUCCUUUGACACGGACAAGAUCCCCGUUUCUCCAGCAUCCUUGGCCGACUACAUUUAUCGUUGUCAAAUCAGCGAUGUGGACAUGAUGGCCCUGCUUUUGGCGCUUGUUGAGGAUAACAAUGGCUUUGGAAAUGUACUGGAGACCUGGCUCGUCAAUGAUGUCACAACCCGCUUGUCAGUUGGAGCUGGGCCGAUGGACGUUGUAACAAGUGACUUUCACCUGACUGGCACCCGGCGCAGUACUGUGCUGCGCCGCCACGCAGAGCUGACGCGUGGCUUGGACAUUCGCAACUGCUUGCGCCUUGAUGGCGAGUGCAUUGCGACGACGCCGAGCUUUGCGGACGCUCUUUGCGGUGCCCAGCAGUCAGCCUGUGUUGCACCUGGACUACCCGCCACCACCACGACCGAGGCGCCAACCACGGCCGGCGGACCAGUAGUCCGCGACUGGGAUGCAGAUAUCGAAUUUACGGGAUUUGGCCUGGGACGACCCAAGAUUCCUUUGGAGACGGUCAAGCUAAAACCUGCAUGCCGUCGUCGUCGUGAUGAGUGGCCGUGUACGGUCAAGGGCAUUGCCGCCGAAUUUUCCGUUGAUGUACCGGUCAAGCUGGAAACAAACAUCACCUGCACAAGCACGUGUACAUCCGGUGGUGCUAAUUGCGCCCCUAUUUCGUAUGACCUGCCUUUUACUUUGGAAGUAGUGAUCCGCGGUGAUAUCUCCAAGGUGUAUGGCAUUAAAUGGUUGGUCAAGAAGCUGGGCAUUUUAGCUAUUUCCUCUCUAGUGACCGGCGGUACUGCGUCAGUGUUUGUCUCUGGUGCCAUUUGGACUGCUGAGGCGGCCCUGAUUAUCGCUGACAUUUAUCUCUACGUAAAGGGGAUGAUUAGCUUUGUCCAGAGCGUUGUCAAGUCGGCCGUCAUCAGCUAUUCCAACACAAAUAUAUGCGAGCGCUUUGAAUCGCGUCGCCCCACCAUCAAGUUGAGCCUCAAAUACGAUGACUUGGUGCACAGCGUCAUCACGCGCAGCGAGCCCAUCAAGUCACUGAUGUUCGAGCUAGAUAUUUCCGACAGCGUUGAGCCGGCACCGUCCGACUCGGGCUCACGCCGCCGCCGAACGGCAGAUGAUCUUGAUGACGAGUUGGACGAUGGCAUCCCCAAGUGCUUGUGUGAUGGUGAUUGGAAUGAUGAGAGUUCAUGCCGGGCGCUUGGUGAGGCACUUGGCGUCGAGACUAGUUGUGUCGACGCAGUUUUGGUUGCUGCGCCGCGCCGCGCCACCGAAAUUACCUAUGGCCGUCCUGACCUGCGGCCCGUCAUUCAUCAGGCGUGUGGAGCAGUGACUCGUCUGGAUGGAUGGCUUCAGGGAAGUGGGGAAACGGUUGCCAAUGUCAACAACUUGCGCACCGUCGCUAAUUUUGUCAACUCCACCAUGGGUGAGUCCACAGACGAGAUGAUGUAUGCGCUCUCUGCUCUACAUGACAUUCUACAAGACACCACACUAGGCAACGGCAUCAACGUGAUGGCCCAUGCUGGUCUCGAUGCGCUGGGUCAUCUGCGCACUGCCAUCGUGUUUGCGAACACAACCCUCUACCGUGUCCGAGACCGGGUCAUUGGCGGCUUGAUGGCCCCCGACCUGAUUGCUGACGUGACCGACUUGUAUGCCACUCUCUCUGCCCCACUGCGCGAGCUGCGCUCGCGUCUGCGAACCUUCUUGAGUAGCAGCUUUCAAACUCUUAAUACUACCAUGCAUUCCGCUGCAACACGAUUGCGUGGCUUCGUGGCCAACAUGGCCGAUCGCGUUUUCGAUCCAGAGUCCAUUGAAGAGUUUAGCGCAGAGGUGGCCGAGGUUGUGGCCCCCAUCCGCGAGUUUCUCGACCCCGUCUAUGGUCACAUCAAGUCAUUUGUGGAACUUUUGCAGGAGAUUGUGAGCAUGGGCAGUGACGACCUGGUGGUUAUUCGAAAACUCAGCGAUCUUUUGGACGAUGUCAAUGACGUCAUGUUUUACUCCGACCUUGUGAUGAACUCAAUGCAGUAUGCAUCCAAUGCUUCGACGCUAAGCAAUGUUAUUAUGGCAUUUGCCGAGCGCAUUGAGAACAAAGCACAGGAUGCGAUCAACUACUAUCUCGAUCAAGGCAUGGACCUGGCUCUGGAUGGUCUCAACACCGUGUUAGAUGCCAUGGAUACGGCCUAUCUGCCAGACCUGGAGGACGUAGGCGGCAUUGUUGCUGACUUUAACAAUACACUGCAACGUGUGAUUGGCCAUUACAUUGGUUUUGCAGAGCGGCCUCUGGCCAAGGUUCUCGACUAUGCCGACGACGCCGAGCUGGUCCUUGUGACUCUCAUCACUCUGACCACAAAGUGGGAUAAAUUUGAUGCAGCCACCAAUCGGGCGCUACAAAGCACGGGCGUCUUGCCGAUGGGCCCUGUUGCAGAUUUGGCUGAUGUUCUUGCUUACUAUGAUGAAGACAUGAUGGCCAAGGUGCAGACCAUGAGGGAUCUAGCCUCACGCUUGGGCACAACCUGCGACAGUUUGCUCUUGCAAUAUGAAGCUGUGGAGGCAGACCUCUUUGAACCCUGCUCGGCCAGUGCCAUUUGUCCUCGCGACCAGUUCCUGCAGGUCGCUGCGGAUAUGGAUGAACUAGCAACUCUGUUUACCGACAAUCUGGUGGGACUCAAUGACACCUUGGCCACGACAAACAACGGCACUCUUGACUCGCUCUUGAAUGACACGGCCACCUCACUCAAUGCCAGUACAGCUGCAGACAGCUCGCAUGACCUGGAUGCUGCCUAUGACACGUUUCAGGGCGAGCUCAACACGCUUGAGGCUUUUGAUACACAAAAUCAACUUGCUGUGCAUAAUGACCGCCGUCGCCGCGCAGCUUGUGGCUGUGCUUAUAGCUCGUGGCAAAACUCAUACUCAGGCGCGGCCCGUGAGUUUACCGUCGGCUAUUGCUUCAACAAUUGCGAAUGUCGCUGCGGCGCCUGUGAUAUGGCUGAGCAGGUGUAUAAUGAGUUUUUGCCGAGUGCUCCGUGGAACAGGGCGCCCAUGUGUCCUGAUCGCGUGGAUAGCAGCGCAGCGAACAAUCCUCUCUGGUUGCCCCUGCUGCGCAACACUGGGCUGUAUGCCGCGGAAUUUGGGCAAGACACGUAUCGCCUCGAGUCAACCAACUAUGCUUCACACUUGCAUCAAACGUUUUGCGUGUACGACUCAGCCUUUCGCCUCGUCCAAACGCUGCCACACGCGGGGACCUUUAUGACACACCGUUGCAGCAUGCCGUUGCAGCGUGAGUUUGAUGACCCCUUCUGCGUCAAGUACGACAUUUUGACGCGCAAGCAGUGCGACACGGCUCGCUUCCUUGCGGCUCAUCCCAUCAUGAACGGGCCUCCGCACGCUUGGCAAACAGCAUCUUAUGUGCUGGCGGUUGGAGUGGCACGCACACCUCGCGCCGAUGGUCAACGCGAGCUAGAAAGCGUAUUCUUGAUCGAGAAUGUGGGUAUAUUGGGUUAUGGCGUCGUAUCAUGGGAUGAGAUCAAGCGCGUGCCUCAAAACGCCAACGCUCGAAUCUACAAAAUGGCUACCAUUCGCCGUGCUUCCACCUUCUCAUCCGGUGAUGCCAUUCUAGCAUAUCAACCCGCCACACGCAGCGGUAGUUUGACGCAGUGCUGGGCACCUGCUAACAUCGAGUUGGCUACGGUGGACUUUUCGACCCCGAGCGUGCCGUCCCAGCUUGUGAUGGCUGUGCGCCACUAUACGACAGCUAGUGCUGGCCGUUCGGCCUUUGAAUCUGUUGCAUCGGCUCUGCGUAACUCGCCUUACCUUGAGACUUCUUUGAGCCAGAUUCGACGCUUCCCCCAAUCGGCUGCUCCCAAUACCCCCUCGGCGCUACUCACGCAAGGUCUCAUCCAUGGCAUCGGGUUUUCUCCUUAUCCUAUCUCAAACAAGACGAUGACUUUGAGCUUUGAGACAACUCUGAUCGACGUUGAUGCCGAUCAUUUCAAUGGCGUGCCUUGGGCACAAGGCUACCCCAGCCCGGCCUCGGUCAACUCUGCACUUCAACUCUGCGCCCAGUCAACUUGUGACUCUUGCACCUAUCAAGAAAACCAACUCUUGGCCGUGUCUGCGGUCCUCAACAGUCCCGUGUCUUCGGCCGAGCGUCAAUGCUUGCAAUAUCAGGACGACUGUGAGUGUCGCUGCCAGCUCUUUUUUGGGGUCACACAACCUUUGCUAGAAGCGGAAGCACCGGCUCCACUCGGCGCGCUGCUGCCCUGCCCUGCUCGUUAUGCAUCAAACCAUGCCGGCUUUACUUCACCUUAUGUGGCCGAGGCCAUCCGUCACCCAACUCAGCCUCGGUGUAUCCGGUCGUUGGCCAGCUUGAAUCGUCGUCAAGCCACUGAGUGCUGCUAUGACCCGGCCGGCGCCCUCAUCACUACCUCGGUCGACGCGGGACGGCUCUUCCGCGAACAUCCUACUCAGAGUAACUUGGAGAGCUAUUACGUGUCUGACUUGGCACGUUAUUUGGCCACUCCAGCCGUGCACAUGCCCACGUACUUCCCCACUGUAGGUACAUCGGCGACUUUUGCGCAGCGCUCCACAUCGGGUCAAGUGGUAUUGGCUGUUUCCAGUCUUGUUCGCGAGGGCUUCCUUCAGUACACGCUGGAGCUCUGGACAAUGCCGGCAAUGCGCUUCUUCCUGUCUUCCACAGACUUGGAAGCGCAAGGCGCUCGUCGCCUGGCAUCGGUCGGGGCGCUGACUGCGCCUGCAGCUUGUGAGCUGCAGACGUGGUUAUUCAAUGGCAAUUGUUACAACCUAACCUCUGUGACCACUUUGAGCGUGCUGACAAACACUCUCGGAUCUCGUACCGAAGUCGUCCCUGUCGCCAUCUUCGCCUCGCAGGCUGCAGGGCAAGCAGUCUUGGCCAGCGUGCAAACACGACUGACUAGCAUGGAUCUUACGCACAUGUUCCCAGAGCAGUUUGCGUCCACACGGGCCCAGGGCGUAUCCUAUCUCAGUGCCAACGUACUAGCUCGAGCCAUCAACGACACGGCCGUGGCUGACCUCCAGCUGGAUAUUCUGCGUACUGGAUUAUGGCCAGGAUGGACUACGCGCACGCCACGCUUGACAGCCGAUUUCGGCAGUUGGUGCGACACGGACAAUGGCGAAGUGCUGGCUUCUGAUCAGUUCAUGUGCAGUGACUCCGAUAGCCCCAACGUCAUCACCUGCACAUCAAGUGACGAAACACGCUUCUGCGGUUUUAACCGCUUGACACAGUUGGAAUUUGAGGUUACGGCAUGUCGUCAUGAGACAACGGACGCCGAUCAGUGCUCUUGUCGGUGCGACCAAUGCGAUGCGUUGCUGGGGGGUGGUGAAGUGGCUGCUCGCACGGCGUUUUUGCCCAACUGCCCACCAAGUCUGCAGCGAACGGGCGAGGACGCCGCGGUGCUCGUUGCACAGGUGCCAUGGAUGUUUGACCCUGUUCGUACCUUGCCCGAUGGCCGCUUUGCUGUGCGCACGACUUCUCGGGUGCAGGAAGAGAUGCAGCUAACCUGCUACUAUGAUCAGAAUACCCUGGAACUGCUGACGAACUUUGCGACUGGCGGUCGCGUUAUGCCGCGUCGUCCAGCUGCCUCUGCCUUUGCUGAUCCCCUUCUGACAACGUGUCCUCUGGACUUAGCAGCUCCAUUGCGGCCCCUUGGCGUGCGUCUCCCAGUGCCUGCAGUGCUUCAAGCGCCUGCGUCGCCACGCGUGCUGUUGGCGUUGGAAUUGUUGGCCUCGGGUGAGUUUGCGCUCUCCCUCUACACAGGGGUGGCCCAUUCAGCUUUUAGUGUGCUGACUAUGGAGGAGCUUGUUCAGAUUGCGCCAUCGGCGGAUCGUCUCCUGAGCCAUACCAUCACCGUGACUCGUGUCUGGGAUCAUGGUGAAUUGCCCUGCACUUUGGCAGCCCGCCUUCCGGACACCCUGACUUACGAAGGUGAAGGAUUUGGCUGCACACAGCUUACGCCUGUGAGUGUGCGCCAAUUAGUGGCCAAUGGUGCUUUUGGACGCAUCUUCCCUCUUCGGUACUUUGAUAUCCAGUCCACGGCCCAAUCACAGUACAAAAACCUCAUUGCUUCGAUACUUGCAGACAAUCGUGUGGCAGAUGCGGAUCUCAACAAUUGGCACACAGCCUUGAGCGAGGAGGCAGCCAGUGCUUUCUUCCUCUUGCACCGCGUGCGAAGUGAUCUAGCACCUCAGGCGAGCCUCUACAAGCUGGACUACAACAGCCUUCCCGCGACGAACCUCGUUGGCGAAGGUCCACCAUCCAUGGCUGCUCCGGUCAGCAACUUGUUGUGCCAGCCCACUGAUCAGGGUGAAGCGCUCGAGUUAACGUCUAAUGUAAACGAGCCUAGCCAGUCAAUGACAUGUGCUGCAUUGUCGACCAACCUCGCUGCUGCCUCGCGCCGGCUACUGGUGGUGGGCCUACCAUUUCCGGCCACAGCUGCUACUGUGUUUUCUCUCGAGGGCUGGUCUAAGCCUGUGCCCCCCGUGUUGCUGGAGCAGCUAGUCGUCUUAACUACGCGCCUGCUGUCGGCUUUACAACGCAUUCACGUGGAUGCCGCUCUCAACGUCUCAGCUGAAAGCUUCGUUGAGACGGAUGACUUGCUGUAUGUGCGCGGCUUGGUUUGCCUACAACGCAAUGCGCACGUCAACCAUGUGGCAGGUUACUUUGCGCUCGAGAAGAGCGUCUCUCUGCGACGCUCCAACGCAACCUGCGUCGAGCUGGUUUUGCGGGCAAGUAAUGGAACCGAUGCUGCGGGCGCGGGCUCAGGCUCAUCGGCGCUUGAUGAUUUGGAGGAUAGUUUGGCCACUGCCAAAGAAGGCACGACGCCUCUCACGUCUUCCUCCACCACUGGCGUGCGUGAGCUUGACAAUGUGCUGGAUUUUAUCCGGCAAGUGUACGAGCACGUUGAUACGUUUGCCGUUGGCCCCCUGAAAGCCGUCGAUGAUGCCGUCGGCUCAGCGCUUACAGGCACGCAGAGUGCGCUGGACUUUUGCGAUCGCGUUGGUGACAUGCGGCUGUCAGACAUCCUGACCGAGUUGCCCAUUUUCAAAAGAACCAUGGGCCUACUCGCAGACAGUGCUUUGGACAAGGUCGCACCUGUCGUGGAGCGCGUGGAAGGGGUCCUCGAUGACGUGACUGACGCCAUCAACGACGCCAUCGACCUACUGACACAAUCGGGUGUCCGCACCACCUUUGGGCCGCGCACACCCUGGAACCUGGUACCGGGCUGCCGCAAUGCCACGCUGUGUGCUCGCAAGGAAUCGCGCAUGACAGCGUUGCAGCGCUUCAUUUACCCAUCAAAAUAUCCUUACCUAUAUGAGAACCGAAACUCGUACAAUGGGGACGUGGUCAAUUACUAUACACAAGCAGGUGGCUAUGACAGUUACUCAGUGGUGGGUGUUGCGCGUCACGCUGGUGUUCUUAUGACAAGUCUCAAGCCCACAGGCUUGCGUGCUGCCGACGAGGCUCUGUUGGUCUUGGAACGGGCCAGCGACGGGGCCACGUUAGCCAUGUACACCACAGGUGGAUGUGCAGGUGGCCUCACCCGCUCCUACACGUUCCUCACCAUGGCCUGCGAGGGCACGACACGGGUGCAAGAAUAUCUGCUGACCGAUGUGGUGGCCAAGGCUCAUACGCCCUCAUCGGUGGCUCAACUUGCCCCCGCGCAUACAGUCACAGUCGGCAAAGUUCUGGCUGGAGUUGCUUUUGAUGCAGUCACCAAAUCAUCGAAUGCGCGACUCUGGCUGCUGCUCGAAUCUGGUGUCGCGGAGGCCUAUACGGUCACUGUGACAGGGCACCUUACACUUGAUCGAGAGGAGUCUGUCGACUUGGGCAAGAACGUCCAAUCUAUCGCGUUCCUCUCACAGCUAGCUUUCCCGUACAUUGUGAUUGGGCGUUCAAGCAUCGAAGCUGGUGCCGUGGCCACCUUGCAGUUUGUAAGCUACCGGGAUAUUGGGGCUGGUGGUGUCGUCAGUUGCCUCCGAAACGAGCCCAGUGGAUGUAUCUACCGUGCCUUCCCAGUGCCCUCAGGGUUGUCGGCAAUCUUUUAUGACUCAAGUGACGGACUUUUCGGAACCCUGCAUCUAGCGUGGAACUCAGCCACGGAAGAGCAUGCCGAUUAUGUGAAUGCGUAUGAUUUGGACCCAAUGGACCAACGUAUGGUGAUUGACCUCCCAGUUCUUCGCAAUCAGCGGCCCGCUGUUGUAGAGAACACAUGCAAGAUCGGCAUCUUCUCAGUCGGCGACAUCUGUAACGGAGAACUGAUCCCAGGCUUGCCACCGGCUACACGAGAGCGACGCGAUGAUGAGUACGUCGAGGCAUGGGAUCCCAAUCGCAUUGCCUCUUACGAUCAUGAAAAGCCCAUUUACAAGGGCGGUUUCAAUCUCCCCAAGUUUGGGCCGUACUGCACGGCUGGUUUUCUGGGGCCCCUGUGCGUGACAGUCACCGUUGGUUAUUCGCAGCACGUAACGCUCUACUUGACCAUGGUCACUCAGGAAAAGAAGCUUGAGAUUGGUGUCAGUGCGGGGGCUGCCUUGCAUGCAUAUGUGGAUGUGGAAAACAUCGUUUUCGGUUUGAUCGCUUUCGGCAUUCGCAUCGAUGCCACCUUCUUCGACACUGCACUUGUGCCCUACGGGCAAGUGCGGUUAAACCGAUGGCCUUUGCAGACAGAACUCGGCAUCAAACUUAUCAUGCGGCCAUUUGCGCUGCGUGUUUUGGCAUAUGUCGAGUUCAUGCUCUGCUGCUGGUGCGAUUUCGAUUGGUGCUGCAGCUUGAACUGCGGUUGUGGUCGUUGCGGCAAGAGUUUUUGGUUGCUUUAUCAGUACGCUCCAGAUCCUGAUGAAUAUUACCUUUUGGGUCCUUAUCGCUUGGGCCCAAGUGACGCUACUCCGCCACGUAUCGAGAACAUCGUGAUCAAGCAGCUUUCUGGCAACGCCGUACGCGUGGAGGUGUAUGGUGUCAUUGAACAAGAAUCCGAACAUAUUGGCAGCGGCCGAAAGUAUCAUUUGGGUACUGGAAGCUCGGUUGUGAUUGAAAGCGAGGUUGCAUGGGAGACCAACCGCUCCCUUUUUGCUACCGUCCAAGCUUGCAACUCUGAAGGGCGCUGCAACAUGCAGUUCUCAAACGCCAUCAUCUACGACGGUCGUCCCCCGGUUGCGAUUGGUCUCACGGAUGCAAGCAUCGGGGGCAACAAUCGCAAGUUUGCCAAUGGCAACAUCAUCUACAUCACAUACUAUGACAUUCAAGAUUAUGAGCACAAUGCCAUUGUCCAGCAGGAGUAUCGUGUUCGCACAAUGGGCGGAGCAGUACUAACUGACUGGACACCUCUGACCAGCUAUACAGGCAUCUACCUUGCUUCUCUUCAAGUUCCACACGCCAGUAUUGUGGUGGCUGAUGUUCGGCUUUGUGAUGUGUUCCUCAACUGUGAGACGAGCAGCACGGACGGUUAUUUUGUUGACAAGACCCCACCCCUCGCUGGUCGCAUCGUGAUUGGGGAGUAUGGCGUGGCUGUGACGGCUUUGCGCUCUCCAGCGUAUCUGGCCUUCCGAAUUUUGGACUGUGUGGAUCUCGAGACGUUUAUUGUCUACUACGAGGCGGCACUUUACGCUGUCGACACCGCCGAACCCGUGGUCAACUUCCGGUACAUUGGCAACAAUACUGUUUCCAGCUUCAGCCAAUUGAAUCUUGAGCACAACCAGCGGUACUACGUGCGUGUCCGCGCCGUCAACGCAGCAAACCUUUCGGUUGAGUUUGAGUCUAGCUCGGUGUUGGUCGACCUGACCCCACCCGUCUGUAGUGCCCCUAGCACAACGGCGCGUGGCUCCCAUGAUGGGGCGGAGGUGACCUAUUUCAGCCAACCGGAUCUGGACUUGGUCACUUCCUUUGCUUGUGCGGACGAAGAAACAGGCCUAGCAUCUUGCACCUACUUCAUUGGAACCAAUGGCAUUAACAAUGAUUAUCUGCCAGAAACUCAAACCCUAGGUCACGGUCGCCAAAGCAUGACGACAUCGGCGUCUUGGCCCAGCUCAACGCUGAACCCGGCCUUCUGCUACUACGCAGCGGUGCGCUGCAAGAAUACGGCAGGUUCCACCUCAAUGUUCGCGACGCCGUGCGUACGUUUGGAUCCGACGCCACCCAUGACCGAACCGUCGCUGCUGACGGUGGGCUCCAGCCAACUGCUGAGAGCAACUACAAACAACCAAUCCUACUUCACCUGCAACCUGCAUGGGGUGUUCGCCGAUUUCCAAUCAGGACUCGAUUUUGCAAGCGUUGAGUUGCUGCACAGCGGCAUGCCUGUAGCUACCGUUGUGUCCAGCACUUUUGACACGGUUGAAUUUGUGCUCAACGACGCGCUGCACCGAUCAGGCGAUACCAUUUCUUGCCGAGCCACAGCCUUUAAUCGCGCGGGUGGCAACAUGACUGUGACUGGCCCCGGUAUCGUGACGGAUUACACGGACCCUGUGGCUGGGUCCGUUGCGCUCUAUCGUGAGGGCUUUGCCAACGCAUCGGGCCCCUACUACCCCUCUGGCUCUACGAUCUGUGCCAAAUGGCGGCACUGUGGCAACUCCAGUGCGGCUGCGUGCCCCGUGGCCUCAUUCUUUGACGAAACUGGCAUCGAGGCCUUCCAUUUGCGCCUCAAACUGCGCGAUGUUGUAGUCUUGGACGUGGCUGUGCCCGUGUCUCCCUACUGCUAUCAGUUGCCCUCUUCUCUGAUCGGACCUCUCAGUUGGCAGGUGGCCGCUUACGACGAGGCCGGCAACUUUGCAACGAGCCAGGCAUCCAUCACCCUGGUCGCAGCUGGUCCUACCAUAUCAAUCCAGGCUGCUCCACCGGCCGUGCUGUCCGUACUUUACAAUCGCUUGACUUUGGAGUACACGGUUGUCGAUAAUCUCGCCAGCAUUCGCAGCUGUGCUGUCAAGCUGGGGGCCUACCCUGGCGACGGCCGUUACUUGGCCAUCCCUCUGACAGGCGAUGCCUGUGGUGCAGGCCCACAGUCUGUUGACUCAGGCAUCAGUGGUCUUGUUCAUGGGAUGACGCUCUACGCCACCGUGCAAGCCAUCAACGAGGCAGGUUUCAUCACGCAGAGCGUGUAUCCCAUUGAGGUCGAUCUCGAGGAACCACGCAUCUACAGCCUUCGGGCUGGAUAUAGUCAGAGCACGGGCGUACCCUGCAUUGGCGCUACGCUGCCUGUGGCUGUGUCCUACAUCGUCUCAAGCGACGUGCUGUCACUCGACAUUGAAAUUGUGCAAGAUGGCGUUGCUGUCUCGCGAGCGCAGUACAGCGCCAGCAUCACCAGUUCGGGCUCGCUUCUUGUGCCACACAAUGCCAGUGGUCUUGUGGCGGUGCACGUCACCGCACGAGAUGCAGGUGGCAACGAAGCUAGCGCCAGCGUCAGUGAGGUUCUACUCACCCCGGCCGUGCCACAAUUUGAUGGUGAUCUGCGCAUUGAGGGAACUCAAUUGGCGAGUACCACGUGGACGCGGUCGACUACCUAUGUGGCCUUUGCCGUUCCGACCUUGACAGGCGCGGCAUGCUCGCUGCAUGCCAGCUAUGCUACAGUGACACGCAAGAGCGAUGAUCUUCAAGAAGAAGUGACGGUUGCCGUGCAAGGCGUGCAAGUGGGCACAAGUGUAGCAAUUGUGGCCGAUUUUAUGGAAGGAGCGCAGCAUACGCUAACCGUACGUGUUGUCGACGAGAGUGGGCGCUCCGCUUCGCUUGCCACGCAGUUUGUUCCACUAGCCACGCCACCCAGCUGCUCCUGGGCGAGCGCUGAUAUGAUUUAUGCAGCGCCCAAUGAGGAUGCAGUUGCAGGUUAUCGCUGCACGAGAGCUGCAUCGGUGCAGGUACUGGCUUGGGAUCAGGAUGGCGUUGCCGUUGAUGCCGCCGAACUGCUGUUGGGCCGCGAUUUCUUGAGCGUGGCCUACGCAGCGCAACGGCCGCUGGUGAUGGCCGUGCUUCAAGCCACAUCUGAAAGCGGGAUUGUGCAAAAUAGCACCCGCCUUGCCUUUUCCUUCUCAGGUCAAGAGUCUGUGCUUUUGACCAUGGUGAGCGAAGAGGUGACCGGGGGGGCAGUCACGCUGCCACGCGGCGCUCACCGCCUUGAGCAUCGCUUGUCUUCCAACCGCCCUGUGCAAACUUGUGCCGCCACCGCGCCGGACUGUGCAUGCAUGGAGCUGCGUCCAGCCGCUGACUGCACGGCGACGACAGUUUUUGUCUCGGAUACGUGUGCUUGUCCGGCAGCUACGGUGCGAGUCGAGAUGGCUACGGGGGCAGGCACAGCCACAGGACAGAUUGCGGUUUCCGUAGACGGCAUUUUCCCAACUUGCCUCUUGCGUUCCACACGUCUUAGUGCGUCCGUCUUGCGGCUGGGCUGGGCGUGCAGUGACAAUGCUGGCAUGGCCUUGGCGCGUGCACAAGUCCGACAAGGACCUGCACUGCUGGGCGUGUCAUCGACCAGUGGCGCAGGCUUACUUACAGUGGAAGUGCAACCAACUACGGAUGUUGAUCGUCAGGUCGAGCUGCAGGUUGUGGCUUUAGAUACGGCUGGCAACUCGCGAUCUGAAGCACUCCAAGUGCCUGUUCCACCUGUAGUGACCGAGAUGUCCGUGCAAUUGCAGCGCCUAUCAACAACCCAAGCGCGCGCUACAUUGACCGCGCGAGGCCAAGUAGCAAAUACAACCGUGUGGCUUGAUCUGGUUGACGUAGCCCAGGGAAGUGGCAUUCAGCCAUCUGGCACACCAAUCGAGAUUCCAGCCAACGGUUCGGUGGUGCUUUCCACUGCGUUUGCGGCAGAGGGCUCUCGCGUCGUGGCUGUUGUGCAUGGCCAAGACUCAUUCGGAGCUUCUUUGCGUGCAACCAGCAACUCGUUAGUUGUCGAUACGGGUGCAAUCGGCACGUCGGCUGCGCAGCUAUUUGCGCAAGCUUUACGCCGAAGUGCAACUCAGUGUGCGUUGCAAGUCGCCGUUUUGGGACUGCAAGUGCCGAUUUCUGGAAUGGAUGCAAUCCAAGUGCUCGUUACUCGAGCAGACGAUGCCACCCAGAUUCCGCUGUUACAGACCUCUGUUGCUUACAACAGUUUGCCACUGUUCAUCUCGGAAUUUGCCUGCGGUGAUGCCACGCGUCUCUCCGUCGUGGCUUCAUUGACUUCGCGGUACGGUCAGACGGCAACACUCUCUGCGGUCACCUCGCUGCCGGCUGCUAACAGUCUGCAGCCUGGCGCGAUUAUCAUCGGGUCUGACGCGGCUGCAGGCAUCAUCAACGACAGUGCUGCUUUGCAUGUCGUCACCGGCCAAGUGCCAGUAUCCUUUGCUGCGUGUCAGUUUGUUAACGGAACUGCCGUGACUGACAUCUAUUAUCAAGUUGCUCUCGGCAGCAGCUGUUCUUCAGAUGACUUGGCAGCCAGCCUUUUUGUUGAGCAGCCUGGUACCUACCUCUUGCGACCAGCAGGUACCGCCCUGUCGGAAGCGGGCCCCAACAUCAAUGCAUUUGCAUCAGUGACAUGCUUUAGCCCCACUGCCAGUGCGAGGUCGUGUUCGGCACACGCCACCUAUGUUGUGCAUCCACAACGACCCAAUGUCACGAUUAGUGUUUCAGGCUCGGCAAUCAUAUCUGGUGCCCAGCCUCAACUCACCGUCUGCUUUGAACAGAGUGGCGGUGAACGCGGCACUCUGCAAAUGAUGGCCUGCACGAAUCAUACGACCUGCUUUGCAACUGAUGCUGAAACGGCUGCUGCUGUAGCCGGCGCUCUGGGGGAGACGCUGCCAACCGAGGACUGUGUGUCUGUGCGCGUGCACACGGCCACCAUGAGCUCAGCCUCCUUUCUACGCAUUGUUCUUGAGGUUGAGGACAACUUGGGCUACAAAAGCUCGGAUGAGCUUGAUGUAGCCAUUGACCUUGUCGCUCCACAGGCCACGGUCGUCGUGCCCGACCAUAUUGACGCCGGCGACACGACCCUUGAUGUUCAGCUGGAAGACCUGCGUGACGAUGCUGCGGGUGUAUGUAGCAUUCAGGCGGCGGUCUCAACUGGGAGCGAAGACAGCGACACAGCUCUCAAUUGGGUGUCACAGACGGUGACAUCGGCCCUGCAAUUGACGAUGCCAACCAAUGCGGCCGUUGUUUUCGCCGUAGUCCAGCUUGUGGACUGCGCCGGCAAUGUGGCUGUGUUGACUUCCAAGGCCGUUCCUGUGGGUACUGAUUGGCAACCAAUGCUCGGCCCUAACGUCACCUCAGUGGCCAUUGCAGCUGCCGUCGAGGUCCAAUCAUCGGUGCAAGUUUCCCCAGCCGCCGACUACUGCGAACUGGUGAUUGCUGAUAUCAAUGGCGACAACUCGACAGGGGCCGUAUAUGGCCGCUUCUAUCCGCAAGAAAGCGGACCUUUUACAGCUCAAGUCGUCCCAACGCGUGUUGUCACUUCUUUGCGCCUGGUGUUAUCUUGCCAUCUGGAUGGCGUCGUACGUCAGGCCACCACUUCAGUAGUUGUGUCUCGUGAUCUCUGGCAGGUGAUGCCCACCAUUCGCCCGCAAUGCGAGGGUGCUGUGCUUAAUGACAGUGUAUGGCCGUGUCGCAAUUUUGUGUUGGGAGGCCGCGUUGAAACGCAUGUGACGUCCGUGUUUUUACUCCAGAACGCCGUGCGCACGGUGCGAGUGCCUGUCAAUUCUAGCGGACAUUUUAACUUGCGCGAUGAAGCCCUUCCUGAGGAUGUGCCGGGCAUGAGCACAACAUUUGGCAUAGAAGCAUGCUCGCCUCUUCAUUGUGAGGCCCAUGCUCUGGCUGAGGUUGUGCUGCUCUCCCGCAAGCCACUGAUGGAGUCCAUUCGCGUGUUGGCCGCUCCAGACAUGGCUGCUGUCUUGCCGUUUGACGUGUCCGUGACCUAUGCCGCGACAGUUUUGGCGCCCGAAUCUCCUGUUGUCGCCAUUGAGCUCUGUGUGGGUACAGUCCCCCUGUCAGCCGACAAUGCCGAGGACGGUGAUUGUGAGUUGUUGCUGGAUGCCGCACCAUUAACGGGUACCUUCAACAUCUCGUUGGCGGGCGGGCAAACUGUCAUAUUUCUACGCUGCAUUGCCAUAGACGCGCUCGCACGCCGCAGCGAGAGUCUCGUGCACGCCCUUGAAUUGGCAGCACCAAUCUCUCCACCCGAGGUAUCUUUUCAAACUCUGGAAGCGUGCACAAACAAUCGGGUCGGCGCACCUUCCAACGAGCAGCACGUGUCCGAGUGGGCCUGCGUGUACGCAACGGCGGCGGAAACCAGUGCUGUCGUGCGCCUUGAACUAAGGAGCGAGCCAAGUGGCCUCACAUUGUCUCGCUUGGUUGAACCGGGCUUGCAUCUUUUGCCCUUGGCAGGAGUACCUGUCACCACGAUGACCGGGUUUUCUGUCACUUUAACCGCACAGACUGUGUUGAGUGGCCGUGCAUCAAUGUCGGCAACAGCUGAGCUCAAUGUCAGCCUUGAAGUGACGCCCCUGAGCGACCUGGAUGUGCAACUCGUCAACGAGCAACUUGUCCUCACUUGGACAGGCGGACCUGUAGCGCCAGUCAUGCGAGUCGUGUCUCGCGCGUUGGCCCUUGAUGCUCGUUUGCUCAAUCCCCAAAGCCCGGUCGAGCUAGCUGUGGACUUUGCCAGCGCAGUGCGACGGGUGGACGUGACUCUGGCUGUGAGCAAAAGCUCACCGGAAGAUGCUACUACGGUCAAGUACUCCACUACGGUAACACGCCAAGCCGCGGCCUCGGUGCCCUCUGCGCCUCGACUCUAUCUUGUGGAUCAGGGGCAGGGUCGCCAGGUGAACAAUGCGGUGGAUUUGGGCCAGGCUGUUUUGCAGGCCUUCCCCCGUUCGGCUUGCACCCUGGUACUUUGUGAGUUGUGCUGGGAAGUUUCAGGCACCGAGCGCGCCUGUCGGGCCUUUAAUGGUCAGGCUGACGCGAGUGUAUGGUAUACUCCUUUCAACGAGACCCUACCAAUGACCUUUGAGCUGCAGGUGGCCGGGACCGUGACAGAUGCUGUGAUGGUCGCAGCCGAUGUCAGCGAUGUACAUCGUCAAGCACUGGGUAUAACUACGCGGGGCGAUCUUGCUGCGUUGUCGUGGGACGUACCCACUGCAAUCAUGGAGGUAUGCGAGGUGCAGCUCUGCGAGGACUGUUCUCGCCGUUUGAUGGUCGAUCCUGCGGCUGGUUUGUACAAUUUGGAAGCCCUUACCAACCUUGCCAGUGUAACGUGCACCCGGGGACCCGACAAAUUGGAGAUGCAGCGUCCAGUGGUAACAGCGCUGACAUUGCCCAAUAUUUCCAUCAUCGCUUCGCCGCACCUACAUAUCGUUGGCGACCAGGUCUUCGUGGCCAACGCAAGUGUUGUGCUGCACGUUGUGUCCUCAGACUAUGACGCAGCCAUCACCUUUGCACCCUUGGUGGUGGGUGACAGGACCGGGGCCGACUUGGCACCCGUGGCAGUCGACGCACUUGCAGCCCCCUUUGAUUAUGCCAUUGGUGCCGAUGAUCUUGGCCUCGGAAUCAAUGUUGGCAUUACUGCACCUGAUGGGCAGCGCCUUGAGCUCUUCAACGUUGUACCCGCCUUUGCGGGACCCAGCAUCGUCAUGUCGCGUUGCAUUCGACAGAAUUCCCACGAGCUCUGGGUGCAGCUGACCACUGAAGAUGUGGGCGUGGGCACAGACCACGUAUUGUUGUGUCCUGGUGGUGAUAGCGCGAGUGGCGUGGAGGCUGAAGAGCCCUGCCCCUCACCCUUGCGUUUGGAAGCUGAUGCAGCUGCAGCCGGCCUAGCCGUCAGUUGGACGGACGCAGGCAGCACGCUGCGGGUCUGGGCCGUGGAUGCUCUCGGCAAUCGGGGUCCCGGGCUAGUUGUUGAAGUCAGUUCAUGGGGCGCUGAGGGACUUGCCACCCCUGCUCUUCAUCCCUUAUCUGAUUGUGCCCCGCUCGGAGUCGCUUGCUACUCGUGGACGGCCUUUGAUCCGCUCGAUCAAUACGUGGUGUCUCUCGAGACAUCAACCACCGACGCUGGCUCGCUGCCUUCACAGCAGCUUGUGGGCACUUUCCACAGCGUUCGCGAGGUGCGACUGCGCGAAGCGGACGUUGGUCGUCCUUCUGGCUUAGUCGUGACCUCGGUCAACACAAACCAAACGACACGAGUUGGGCUGCUCUGGCGUGCAACUGCAAGUCUUAACCUCACUGUGGCGUUGGUUCCGUGCGAAGAGCCGGAUAGCACGCGUGCUGGGUCAGCUGCGGACCUGCUGUUGAUCAACUCGACGCAAUCUGUUCGAGUGGCGGUGUUUGGUCCGCCCACCACUGACUGGGAACAACUGGCUGCGUAUGCUCAAGUUGAAAUUUGGGACUUGACGGCUGGUGUGCAACAAGGCAAGGCCAUGAGCCCCAUUGUAACGGGAGCUCAAGCAUCUACACACCCGGCACACCAGUCUGGCAAUGCCACCUGCGUUCCCCCCGAUGCUGAAAUGGAGCUGGGUGCGAUGCGCAGUGGCAUGUACGUGCCCAUUGAGGCAAUGCUAUUGCACGGGCACACAUAUGCUGCGCUAUUGCGCAUCUCUGAGCUUCCUGUGGCGUGGCCUUCGUUGUUGGUGGACGAUGGACGGUUCUGCUUGGCAAGCGCUGCUUUGCAUACCGUCAUUGACGGCAGCCCAGUGUCCACGUGGUUGGCCACGCGUAACGUGCAACUCACGGCCGCGCUGAACCGCUGGCCGUGCACCGAGGCUUUCAGCAAUACAGAGUGUAUCGACGAUGACAGCGACAGCAGUGUGGAAGACUCGUGUAACUUGGACAAGGUUCCAAACGUGGUUCAUCCGCUGCCGCUCGCACUGCCAAGUAAUGCCGUUUUGGCUGUGGCUCGCAACGACACUCAAGUCUUGGAAGUGCCCUUGAACUGGCCUGCCUGUGUUGUGGAUUCAGCAGCGCCUCAAGUUUUGCAGACGUUGGGACUGCGUCGGUUCCUGCCCACGCUAUCCAAAUUUGAUGCAUACAUGCGGUUGCUGAGCGGCCCGGAGUCCGCCGACGUGCUUGUGCUAGAGACCCGCGAAGCAUUUGUUAUUGUAUCACCCCAAGGCGAACAAGCUGGACUUGUGCUUAAAGCACAGUAUGGCAGCCUUUUUGCGUGGGAUAGCAACAUGCUGGUGCUGGCCGACCCAGCGCGUUCGACGGUCUCAAUUUUCAGCGCCACCGCGUUGCUGGAUGGCUCGCCUCAACCGAAGCGGGUGUUCAACCUUACGACAAGCGAGAGGGCUGUUGCUUUGGCAAUGAGCAGUAAUGGUCAACUCAUAGUGAGCACCGACGCGACUUUGUCGUGCUAUGAUUUGAUGGAGGGCCGUCAGCAGUGGGCGCGCGACUGGAGCAGUGGUGCCGCCUUCGUGGUGCCCACAACCGGUGCUGGCCGCGGCAUGCUUCUUGUUGACGCAGCUGGCAUGGUGCGUGUGGUCGCAUCGGGUGCCGGGAGCUUGGCAGACGGAGGACCUGCAACAGAACCCGAAACCAUCGUGCCGACGGGUGGUGCAGAGGUCAGCAGUGCCUGCGCGUUGCCGACAGGAGAUGGUUAUGUGGUGGCCAUGGCGGCCGACAGUGUCAGAAAUACUUCACUGCCCACGGCUCCUGGCCGCUUAUUGCUCGUCGCCAAUAAUGGCAGCGUGAUGAUUCAGACGACCAUGGCCUCAGACCUCGACGCUAGCUCACUGCAGUGCUUGGUGCAUGGGUCAUCAUCUGCCUCCCCCGCCUCUUUUAUUGCCCUCUCCUCGCUUCCGGGCGCUACCCCAGGCGGUGUGAGUGUAGUGGCGCUCUUUCAGGCAGACGUGCCCAAUGCCAUUUUGCACAAUAUCACGCGCAUCUUGCCGGAUGGGGAUGACAUUGAUGCCUAUGUCCUGGCUGACCGUGACGUCGCUAACAAUGCGCUCACCUCUGUCCUUGGUGCGACGCUGCAAAACAAUGCGUUUUAUGCAAUCGACGUGUCUGACGUUGCGGCACCCGCCCUGCGUGCGCAUCCAUUCUGUCCACCCAACACAAGCUUGAUCCUCGAGCCUGCGGCUUAUGUGGCGUCUCUGCGCUGUGAACCUUGUCCACCUGGCCAAUGGUCGCCUGGCGGCUUCCACGCUACUUGCACUGGGCUUCCGGCGUGUGCAGACGUCUCCGAUCUGGCCGUGACUGUGGCCGUGCCGGCCGAGGUGGCAUGGGAUAGUAACAGCAGCAAUGUUGUCUCGAUUGUUGCAUCAGGAAGCAAUCCGCGUGUGAGCCCGGUCCACCUCGCUGUAGGCACUUUUAAGUACGAGGUACAACCCCCCAGCGUUGCACAGCUUCUUGAUGGCAUUAGUUCCGCCGCCAACACGUGCAACAAUGAGAGCAGCACCGGUUGCACGAUGGACGGCACAGUGACAGACGACGAAGUGGCACAGGCCGAUCCAUACUCGUUUGCUUGUACUUUUUUGGCCCAGCACCAGGCACCCUUGGCAUCGAUGCAGAUUCGCCUUGACGCCAACAAUACCGUUGGCGUGCUUGUGCCGUGGACUGAGGUGGCCACGUCUUCUUCCAACUUUUCCAUCGUUCUGGAAGAUCCUGUCCCACAGGGUAGCAAUGUGACGUGGACCGUCAGGGUUACGUCCGUGACAGGCGCUACCAGCAUGACCACCUCCAGCGGCGUCAUUGUCGACACUGAGCCGCCCCGCAUCUCCCUCAAUGAUGGCCCACCAGACCGUGACUACAACUUUACCACCAUCACAGACGCUCUCCUCAUUUCCUUGGCUUCUUAUUCGGCCGCCAGUCCACUGUCGGAGCUGGUUGUGAGCGUGGGCACAACGCCUUGUGGUGCGGAGUUGAUUCCCCCCACCAGUCUUGGCUCAGGCCGAGCUUUUGGAUUUGAGAAUUUGAUUUUGGAUUCAAACGCCGUCUAUUUUGCCUGCGCACAGGCAACAAGCGCGGCUGGUCUUCGCAGCAACUGGACCCUUUCCAACGGCGUUCGUGUGAAGAGCAGUGCCUCAGGUCAGGAUGUUAAGAACCGCACGCUCGAGUUAUUGCUACGCCCCAGCAAGUUGAAUGAGGGUGCAGCUGAAGCAGAGACACUCUUUGACAAGAGCUCUGCUGGCGCAAAUGCUUCAGCAUCCGGGCCAACCGCCAUCGAAGAGCCGGUGGCGGUUGGUUUGACUUUGCCUCAAAACUCUUUGGGUGACGACAUCGAGAUGACAACAGCGACCGAACAAAAGGACGGCGGGGAGGUGAUUUCUCGGACGUAUCUGACCUCUGGAUAUAGCUUCUCGCUCAAUUUUGCAAAUACCAGCGGUGGCGAGAUGGGCGAGCACUAUUACUUUCCCAACGGAAGCUACCCCGUCAUCACAACCUAUCACAAUCCGUCCAAGAUCCUGGCCGAGAUGCAAGGGCAGGUCGACGAAGAUGGCUUGGAGGAUUUGAUUCCCAAGCUACUGGUCCGUACUGGGCCGAAUCCUGAGGAUGUCACCCCUGCUGCGGAAACAUGCGCGCCCGCCGACCGUUUCGAAAGCUACAACUUCACCACGGGCAUCUUGCGCACGCGCAUCUGCCACGCAUCGGAUUUUAUUGUUGUAUUUACACAUGCUCGCAUGGACGGCGAAUUGUACCUCAUGUACAACUUUUUGGCUGGACAGCUGCAGCUGCAACGCAAGCGCGGUGCAGUUGGCGUUUGCAGCGUGGCCAUUGAUGUCACAUCGCGCGGCUCGGUGUCAACAAGACAAAGCUUUUCGCUCGCUGCGCGCGAGUGGAGCUCGACAGUUCAACUGACGAGUCCGAAGAGCAUCCAACACAUUCAAGUACUUGAAACCACUGGUUGCACGCUUGCAAGCUCUACAACCGUCUACGAGCGACCGGCAGCAUCAUCUUCACCCGCCAUUGACCCGCAGGUGCCAUCCUAUGUGGCGACAGCUGUGCUAAUGGUGCUUCUGGGCCUUUGCGUUCUGGACUGCGCCCUUGCAGCUGGGUUACUGAGGAACAAAAUACGUUGCGGAACUGAUGACCAUCGCAAAUUUAUGCUUGGGCGUGCCGCUUUGUUCGUGCUUGUGGCGGCGGAGAUUGUGGCGUUGCAUGUCACUGGGUCUGCAAGCUGUCGUUGGUUGGGCUUGUGCAUCAUACUGUGUGUGUGUGUGUGUGUGUGUGUAUGUGUGUGUGUGUGUGUGAGAGAGAGAGAGUGUGUGUGUGAGUAUGCGUGUACCGGUCGCUCUCUGGCUGGUGUGCUCCUGACUUUGCUUGCUCCAUCUUUGUUGGCUCUGGUUGGCUUCUCGUGGCAUUGGAGACAAAAGAGCACCCGACCUUCAGAUCUAAGCCACGAACGCAUGCGCUCACAGUCCAAGCUGAUGUUGGCUGAUAUCAACAAGACGACCGUUGGCUUCGUCCUGUUGUGCUUGUUCUUGGUGCAACAAUUGGAGUGGGACAUCCGAGCAGAGGCCAAGAUUGUGCUUUGCGUUUUGGUCGCUACUUGUGCUCUGCUCAUCGCCGUAUGGCAUCGUCGACGUCAGCGCUGGCAUCUGGAUAGCUCCUCUGCUGAAUCUCAAGAGCAUGAGCUAGGCCGCCUGCGACGCGGCAACCACGAGACCUUUGAGAAUGCUGUGUAUGGCGAGCACGAGGCGGCGCCCCAAACUGCUUGGAAUGCCAAGGCCAAUGCGCGCACCAAUAUCUUGAAUCCUGUGUUCAAUGUUACUGACUUUGAGGAAGAGCCCACAGACCCAUUGGAAUCCUACGAUAACAUGCAUCGCACGGGUCAAUACCUGACCGUUGAGGAAGAGUCAUCGGCGGAUGAAGAGGAGGAGACAGCAGCGCAUGCACGCCCCGCUGUGGACUUUGAUUAUGAAGUGAUCGAGGACAUUUUGGAUCAACGCGACCCCGACUAUUUCGACAUAGGGCCGGAAGAGGAAGGUGCUGAGAGUCUGCUAGCAUCGGCAACCACCCACCCCUCCUUCCUGCGUCGCACUUCUCCACAGCAAGCGGACAUGUGGCUGCGCAUGUCCGACCAGACGAGGUGCUUGGUGCGCAGUCUCGAUGGCAAUGGCAUCGUAUUCUUGAAGAAGCACGGAAAGGUCGUGAUGCACUACGACCUGCGUGUGGAUGAGAAGGACAAUGCGUUUGUUGACGGCAUCUCAAUCGGACCUUACUGUGGACUAGCAGCACUGAUCGAUAUGGCUGACUUUGUGGCUGCGCACCGACCACCCGCAGCUGCUUCUGCAGCUGGUGUGGCUGAUACGGACUGGUCUGCGCAGAGCCUGAUCUCGCGCUUUGAAACAUCCCUACAGUCAUCCCUCUGCCCAACACCCAAGACGGCCGCUUCUGUUGUGUCAGAAUAUGAGGAAGCCUUUGGUUUUGGAGGCGUAGACGAGGCCGAACUUGAGACGGGCUUUGGCUUUGGUCAAGACAUUGACGACCGAACCGGUUCAGACACCAACUCUCUGGCCAACACCAGCGUAGUGGAUGCCGACCUUUGGGCGGACCUUGAUGUGCUUGCGGAAGCGGAACUUGAAAAGUGAAGUUUGCGUGAUGAAGAAACGCUUGGAAAUGGUGUGGUGUUUUUGAGAUGUCAUUAAAGUGUAAACCUAAUUGUGUUCGGCCCGUUCGUGCGAACGUGACGUUGGCCUUUGAGUUGCGUGUAGCUGGCUGCUGAAGAUGUGGCUUGAGUAAGUGCAGUGCUGUAAGCGUAUUUUUCCUUUUGUUAUUCUACCAAUUGUUUUCUCUUAAGCCAAAAAGUUUAUGUGAGAUUGUGUUUGUCGGUUUUGAUGGCGAACUGCCGUGUCUAGUUCAAUUGAUUGAUCAUUG